AUGGAGUCGGCAAUUUUCACCGAUGCCGAAUACCAAGUGACGGCAGAGAGGGCCCUCAAGUACCAAGGCACUGCGAAAAUAAAUAUUGACGAAAUCUCUUUGCACUCCUGCCUCACACAGGAGUAUGACCCCAAAAACGUAGCCAGACUCUGCGGGGUAUUCAGGAAGGAUGGCUGCCGUCGCCUGGAUCUUCGCAAUCAUGUCACGGGUGUUGUCUCCAAGCAGGGCUUGAAGCGUGCACGCCAGGCCGCGAGUGUCUCGAAGCAAGACUUAUUGACUAAUCCACCAGACCGGUACCCUCACUUGCAUUUUCAAGUUGGAGACGUCAAAUGUUUGCACGGACAACAUCGUCUUAAAGCAGCGAGCGACAUUCUCCCCCUCAGCGAGCGAUGGUGGACAGUUGAUUUGUACCGUGAUGACAUCAGUGAUGGCCUGCGGAAUACUCUCCAUGACGAAUACGCGAACGAAAAGAAACCCAGCGAUGGAGAGAUCUACCGAAAGAUUCGGCAAUACCAACACGAGCACAACGCCCGCUUUCAGAAGCGGUGGUGGUCACGUCUGUCGGAAAAUAAAUCCAAGCGCCUACGACAACUGACUUCUCCGGAUUAUGUGGACCUGUGUGCCGCCUUCGAUGCUUUACUGCCCAUUCCGGGAUUAUGGAACGGUAUGAGCAUCGGAUCGCUCAACCGAGUACUGGCACUCAAAUGUGAUGAGGAACUCAUACACUACCUCGCCCAUGUUCGGAACUACUGGGCGGUUCUUGUCGAUCAUGAUCCGACCCAGAUGGCUAAGAUUGAUCUGCAUACUGUGGAAGCACUCCAGCUUCGUGCACCGACAGCAUCUCAGGCGGACGCAAGAGCAGUCAAAGGAUCCAUAAAGAGUGGUGAGGUAUUUGCCAAGUUCACGGACGCCGAGCGCAAACGCAUAUGGAAAAGAUUGCGAAGCAAAGAGGCCUGCGACUGCAUAGUGCCUUCUUUGCAUACUUUUUUUCGCGACGUAUUGUACUUAGAGCUCUGCGCGAACGGUGUCAAAAGACUGGCUACCCUCAGCAAGAACCAACCCACCGUUCGCAGAGCCAUGCGCCACACCUUCCGGCAUAGUCGAACGGACGAAUAUCCCAUUCAAACAUCCGAGGCCUCGUUUUGCCAGACGGCCGAUAGGCAGGCCGACCAAUUCGAACUGGGUUAUCGGCAGGUCUGGCUAUUUGCCAUGCGCCAUUACCCGGACAUGCCAAAAGAGCCCACCACGCAGAACAUCGUUGCCAAGAGCAACCGCGGAAAGGCCGAUGAAGCUAUCCUUCACGGGAUGGCAGCGUUGGCACAGAAACUAGGUUUCGAAUCUCCUCAGGUGAGGGAGCUUGUAGGUCGGUGUCCGGACCGGCAAAUUGCGCGGGAAGCACUGAUUAAAGCUCGGAAACUGAGUUGCUAUCAGUAUGACAGCGUUGUACUCGAAUCUCUCAUCGACCGCAUCGUUGAAUGCUUCGCGGCUGCGGUUCCUGCGAGCGGUCCAUCUUACAGCGACCUACCUGCUCACGCACCGCUCCUGCGAAACCGAUGCGGGCCCCCUUCGGAACAGUCGCAGGCCCACGAUCGGUCCUUGCUGUUCCUCGACCAAGUCCAUUCAAUGUUGAAACCCAGUGACGCCAAUGUAUCUUCCUUUUUUGUGAGACAAUCCGUUUAUUUUGCUUUUUUUGGAAAGCCCUCUACCACUCAUGCCCAUAGGGCAAAUGCCCCGGCUGGAAUACCCCCCGACGGUCCUGGUUCUCCGCUAUUCGUUCCGCAUAAUAACACUGUGGAUAUCCAUCAACCGGAGCCGGGCAUCAGUGGGCUUCGUACAGCAACUAAUACCCUUUCAGACAUGAGUAGCCCACAUCACAACACCGAGGAAGGAGCAGCGUCGGAACCGGCAGAUGAAGACCGAUUAGCAAACGCACGUUCCUCUCCUCUGAGCGCUGCUACAUCGGAGGGCCUCGCAGAUCCAGAGAUUUCCAAUCCUGUCACCCCAGUGUGCCUCCCUGCAGUGAUGGGUAGCUGGCGUAAGCAUGCGUACCAGUCGGAUGAGGAGGAACCCGAGAGUGUUGGCAGCGCUGACCUACAUGUACUGGAUGAAGUGCCACCGGUGCCUCCUGACCUUCAGUCGCGACCCGCAUCUUCAGAGCCUCAAAUCACGAUCACCUUUUGGGCGUAUCAGAACGGCCAGUGGCUCGUACGGAAUGAGGUGCCUGUUAACCCGUCCAAUCCAUCAAACGCAGUGGGAUUAGCGAAGAAUUAUGCCAUGGACCACAGUGUGACAUUCUAUACUAGGGAGCUGCGCACGGUCAGUGCUACUAAAUGCGUUCCAGCGGCACUAGAGGAUAGAACCAACACGAUCUUCAUGAGCUUCGGAGGCCGGCCCUUAACAGAGCCCCCCAUCUCAGGAGUGAAAAGGUCGUUCGAGGAAGCUGGAAUCGAGAGUUCUUAG